AUGCAAGGUUUCAGGCCUUCCUGUUAUGAAGGCCUUCAGCAAAAUAUUUGGGUUACUGUAAUUCGCGACCUGAUCAACUUCACCAUCUCUUCACCUGUCUUCUUCCUGCCAGGUCUAUGUCUUCUGCUUGAUCUUCUUCCACGUCCAGGACCUUUUAUUGUUCUUAACUCUCCUUCUUUCGAUUUUGAUCCUAUUUCUUCCCGUGGCCUAGACAAAAGUGGUAGUGCUACAGUCGUCGACUGUAGUCAACAGCGUUGGGCCGUCUGCCUACUCUGUCUGCGAACCGAAGUUUGUGGUUUGAUCGAGCUUCUAGCUGGCAGUUGCGGAGAUUGUAUUCGAUCAGGUUACCUCGAUUACAGCCCAAGCACCGUAGCAGGGUAUCCUCGUGACACUAACUUGAGGUUCUGCAAUGCUUUCGAUUCGCCAAUUUCAUCUAAAAUCGAUAACGACAACUUGACACAGACAGAAAAUUCACUUUUGUCACGUCUACUCUUUGCGUUUGUCCAUCGAGUUGCUGACUUAGCUCCAGAGUGUGCUCAAAUGCUAGCGGAGACUUCGUUGGAUAUUCUGCUUCAGGUACAAAAUUUAAAAUAA